ACAGAGUGGGAAGGGAGAGAUCUUUUUUGAUUGCUUUUUUUUUUUUUUUUUGGAGGGCGGGCUGAUUCAGGUUCGACGGACGGGAUUAUGGAGGAUUGCGCAUCAUUCUGCUGGCUUUUACCUUGACGGACGGUUGGAUCUGCAAAUGAGAAAGAGCUCUGGGCCAGCUGUCGAUAGCUCCGCCGUCUCUGAUGCCCUAUCAUACGGUGCUCUCCCCGUAUCAUAUGUUCCCGAGGACUAGCACAGCACGGUAUGUACUCCCACCACUCGAGAAAUACCAGAUUUUAGGUUUUCGCAUCGAUGUGCUGCCCUAUCCUUUGCUGCAUCACCUCGGCAUUUGAACGAACGGGGCGGUUCGAAGGUUGGUGGUCAAUCAGCGGGCAUUGACUACUAGUGAAUGCUGAAUGCAGUGAUGUAUGGGAGAGAGAGAUGAUUGAGAGUACUCGUAGAGGCCGUAUGUAUCCGUAACGAUGGUGCUGGAAUUGGUGCGCAAUUCGACCUCUUUUCUCGGGUUACAUAUAUUCACGGCAUGCGGUGAACAAGCUGGGAAACGGAUUGGGAAUAAAAAAAGAAAUAAAGAAAGGAGGGAAAGGCUCUAGGGCCACGAGAGACGUGAAGGCUGUAUAAUAAAUAAUAUGACAAAACAGAAAAUGGAAAAAAAAGAAAAGAAAAGGGUUUUAUGAUAGAAAAAAUUUCCAAAGAAAGAGCUUUGCUUGCCCUCUCCUUAUCCCGACCUCUCUUUCCUAUUCGUUGAUUUUUCUCACUCUUCGCCUCUCCCGCUCCCUAUUUCACAUAACCUAGACCUCUCUCUCUCCUUCUGCAUUCGCAUCUUGACAACGUUCGUCCCCUCCGCCCUUCCCCUGCCAUCCCGCUCCAUCAGAAUUCCCGACAGCUCGCCCCCCUCGGCCAAUCUCAUCACCCUUCCAGCCGCUGGUACGAUAGCUAGGCCGCAGCACUCUCUUCCGUCGCCGCUUCUCCUUUCCCAGUGCACGAGCGCAUCCAACAGAGGAGAGAGGGCGGAGAGGACAACCUCGAGCUAGUUAUCCUCCACCAACCACAUCCAUUUUCCCACGCACCUUCUCUCGGUAGGUCCUCCAUCCAUCCUCUCCCUCCUUCCUUUCCAACUCCACACUUUCUCUCACCUCCCCCGCCUUGACGAGCCCCCUGUCUCCCGUUCCACACCCCUUCUCCCUUCCAUUUUCCUCCCCUUCCUCUCCCAGCCCGAGUCGGCUAUUGUCAUAAGCACUUUUUUUUUUUCCUUCCCUUCUUAAUUUCCCCUUUUCAAGUCUGCUUUCCAUUUCGCGUAGGCGCUAGCCAGGAAGCGAGACAGUAUCGCAUCGCGCAUACCCAGCCUAGCAUCCAGACCCCCAUUUCCCUCUCCAUCCGUCCCCUUUCUUCCACACCACCCCCCCAUUCUCCGAAUCAUCUGUCAACCGUCUUCAACGACAUCUGUCAAUCUCUCGCGAAUCCGCCUCGAUCGUCGUGCGGUAUUGCUUCCUUUGUCGACUAACACGAUCCACUCUUUUCCCGUCUCCGUAGACCUCCUCGCCCUCUGCCAGAUCGGACCCCAGCUGCUUUCGCGGUGAAAAGGUAGCCUCGUUCGAUAAAAGACGACGACACGACCGGAUAUACCACAGCAGCUUCCCCUGGUGGUGAUUUUCGAUAUUAUACAAUCGCCAUGUCUGACAUACAGGACAGAAUCGCCGCUGCUCGAAGGGAGGCUGAGGGGCUGAAAGCAAAGAUAAAAGUCAAGAAGGAGGAAUUGGCGGAUGCGGAUUGUGAGCAGAUGACGCGAAUUGAAACCGAUUUUGGCCUUUUUGCUGACUUUUUUGCUUCCCUUUGCAGUGCGACAAGUCGCGAAGGAGACUCUCGAUCCCCUCCCACGCACUCAGAUGAAGGUACGAAAAACGCUCAAGGGUCAUUUGGCGAAGAUCUACGCCAUGCACUGGUCGACAGACAGGAGGCACCUGGUUUCGGCUUCGCAGGAUGGGAAGCUCAUUAUCUGGGAUGCAUAUACCACAAAUAAGGUGCAUGCUAUUCCCCUUCGCUCCUCGUGGGUUAUGACAUGUGCAUAUGCUCCGAGUGGUAAUUACGUUGCUUGUGGUGGCCUCGACAACAUCUGUUCGGUAUACAACCUUUCCGCCAGAGAUGGUCCUACACGCGUUGCGCGCGAGCUUUCGGGUCACUCGGGCUAUCUGUCCUGCUGCAGAUUCAUCAACGAUAGGAGGGUUCUCACUUCGUCGGGAGAUAUGACAUGUAUGCUAUGGGAUAUUGAUACGGGCGCCAAAAUUACCGAAUUCUCCGAUCAUCUCGGAGAUGUCAUGAGCCUCAGUAUCAACCCCACAAAUCAGAACAUCUUUGUCUCGGGUGCUUGUGAUGCUUUCGCAAAGCUCUGGGAUAUCCGCACGGGAAAGGCCGUUCAAACUUUUGCGGGACACGAAUCCGAUAUCAAUGCUGUUCAAUUUUUCCCGGAUGGAAAUGCGUUCGGUACCGGUUCCGAUGAUGCUACCUGCCGUCUAUUUGAUAUUCGUGCCGACAGGGAGCUUAACACUUAUUCUGUAAGAGCUCUCCGGGCCUUUUGGUGGGGCUCCUCCUGGUCGGAUGUUUCGCUAAUGUGUAAACUCUUCAAUCUAGUCCGAUCAAAUUCUUUGCGGGAUUACAUCGGUCGCCUUCUCUGUCUCUGGUCGCCUGCUCUUUGCUGGAUAUGACGAUUUCGAGUGCAAAGUAAGUAGAGACUUCUCCACACCUUGUCAUGACUCAGCCCCGAUCCCAUCGCAGAUUGUGUUCCAAUCCCUGCACAUGUUACACGAAGGUGAAUGGGUACUGACAGUUUUUUCGAUUAGGUUUGGGAUGUACUUCGUGGGGAACGUGUGGGUACUCUCACCGGUCAUGACAACCGUGUUAGUUGUCUCGGUGUCAGCAAUGACGGAAUUAGCUUGUGUACUGGGUCGUGGGAUUCCACUGUGAGUUCCUUUACUCCUUUCUGUUCGAUAGCCUGAGAUUUUGCUAAACUAUUGGUGCAGCUCAAGAUUUGGGCUUGGUGAUCGGGUGCAUAAAUGGGUAUCACGGACGGUGGAGGUGAAAAAAACGGAAUGGGGGAGUUGUGUUGUUUGUAGGCCGAGUUAAUGUUUUCGCCAUGUGGUCGGGCUCGCAUACCUCCAAAACGCUAUCAAGUAUUCUGGAGCCGAGGGGUUAGAUGUGGGGAGAAACUUGGGGCUCAAUUUUUUCUGCUUUCUCUUUUUUUUCUUCUUAUUUCUUUUCAAUGGUUAACUGUGGCAAGCUGGCAACCUCCUCUUUUUCCCCCACGUUUAUCUUCACCACCCUUGUAAGUUACCUUGUUUUACCCAUUUUUUUCUUCAAAUACCUCUUUGUUUGUCUGUCAGAAGUGCUGGUACGGGAUGGCAUGAGAUGACUGUUUGGUAUUUAUUAUUGAUAGUGCCUCAGUCUUUUUUUUCUUGCUUCAGGUUUCUGUGCAGCGGGCUGGGUUGGUUGUUUGAAUAUUCCGGUAGUCCUUUUAUUCUUCCUACUUGCUACCCUUUUUUUUUUCUCUCGCCAAUGUUGUGAGUCUUCGGAGUUUUUUCUUUCUUUUUUUCCAUUCCCAUUUUAUUUUGUUCUCUUGCUUCUGCUAUGUUACGGUACCCAUUCUCUCUAUCCCGAGCUAUAACUCUUGAUAUCUCUGAACUGAUCUGACAUCCCUUAUGUUUGAAGUUUCUGCUUCUUCCGUUGUUUCUAUAACAAGUAGUAUUUACACACCUUUCACCUUUUCUUUUCUUCUUACCCUUCAACUUUUCCUUUUUCUCUACGGUCUGGACGUGGAAGUGCGUAUUUACGGAAUUGGAUUGGAUAGGAUGGCGGCUAUGAAUACAGAACUGGACAG